CUUUGACUUAUAUGGUUUUGCUGCAGCUCUACUGGUUUGAUAAAAUAUUUCUUCAGGAAAGAAACAAUGACGAAAACAAAGUAACUUUCGCUUAAUUUACCUUUUCCAACACCUAUGAACAACCGAAGCGGAAGAUCAACCAAUUCCUGAAAAGAGGAGAUGUGGUAUGCCAUCAUCACCCGAUUUCUCCGGCGCAGAUUGGUGCUAGCGAUCAUCUUUUGUUUUUCCUUGACGUACUGCAUGGUUCGGCUGAUUGGGAACAAUGUAUCUUUGAACCUUGAUGGAGAUCUGUUUCAAGCCAGCUUGCAGCGAGAAAAACCAAUAAUUUGGACCAACACAAUCCCGGAGGAACGAAACCGAUCGAAUGACCUUUCGGUAAACUGCCGCAACUCAGUACAGGGAAAGGCCCUCAUCGUGGACGAUCGUGGCUUUGUGUGUACACGAUCCGAGCUGCUGUGGACCGGAUGCUGCAACGUCGAAGUGGAGAGCACAAAACUGUUUCACUGCGACACCUGCCAGAGUAAUGCGUGCUGUGCAAUAUACGAAUUUUGCGUAUCCUGUUGUAUGCAUCCGGAGAAGAAAUCACUACUUGAGAAAGUUUUAGCCAAAGCUAGCGGCCGCCAAAUUGCCGUGUAUGCCACAGUGAAUGACCAGUACGAACUCUGUCUCACGAAAUGUCGAACGAACUCACAUUCUGUUCAGAAUGAGAAUAAAUAUCGUGAUCCCAAGUCGAAACAUUGCUACGGAGAAACCGAAGAACAGCUAGUUGCUGCUGGCAGCAGAAUAAGUGCAAACAGUGCAAUUGACGCCAGCGAUAACAGAAAUCCUGCAGCAAACAAGGGAUGAAAGCGGCAGUGUGAAUAAUUGAGUGUGAGCGUGUAGAUUGUGAUAAAAAGAAAAAGACAAAUGUUA